GAUUUGAUCGAAGAACACCGGGGAAGCGGCCACAUGAUGCCAGCUCUCAGCCUGAUCGCCCUGGUCAGCGUGCUGUCCGCUGUUUUCGCCAAGCAGCUGGAUGUCCACCCUCCCCAACAACAGCACAGGCACUGGGCGCAGCUGUGCAGCGGGAAUCCUUCCAACAGGAUCCGAGGCUGUGACAGAUACGGCUGUGGCAAUUUCGGCGCUAGCAGACAGGGCGGUAAAGGAGAAAGGCACGUGGGCGUGGAUGUCAUCUGUGCCGAUGGCGCGACGGUGUACGCCCCGUUCAGCGGCCAGCUCUCCGGACCCAUCAGAUUCUUCCAUAACGGAAACGCCAUUGACGAUGGAGUGCAGAUCAGGGGGUCAGGUUACUGUGUAAAACUCGUCUGUAUUCAUCCCAUCAGAUACCACGGCCAAAUCCAGAGAGGGCAACAACUUGGAAGAAUGCUGCCAAUGCAAAAAGUAUUUCCUGGUAUCGUGUCUCACAUUCACGUUGAGAACUGCGACCGCUCCGACCCUACUCCUCUCCUCACACCUGACGUUCCAGAUGUUCCACCAUUCCCACAGCAAGAUACUCACUGGGGAACUGUAUGUGCUGGGAAUCCUAUAAACGAGAUAAGGGGCUGUGAUAACUACGGCUGUGGAUACUAUGGGGCUCCAAGACGCGGUGGUAAAGGAGGAAAGCACACAGGCGUGGAUGUCAUCUGUGCUGAUGGAGCAACGGUGUACGCUCCCUUUUCUGGCGAGCUCUCCGGACCCAUCAAAUUCUUUCAUAACGGAAACGCCAUUGAUGAUGGAGUCCAAAUUAGGGGAUCAGGGUUCUGCGUAAAACUACUCUGCAUCCACCCCAUCAGAUACCAUGGCAGAAUUACCAAGGGACAGGUCCUUGGCAGGAUGUUGCCAAUGCAGAGAGUAUUUCCUGGGAUCACAUCCCACAUUCACAUUGAGAACUGUGAUCGCUCCGAUCCUACUGGCAAUCUGGAAGGGGGGAAAGGGAGAAGAAAGUGAAAUGGAUAUGUAGGAAAUUCUGAAUAAAUACAUCUCAGCAUUCAGAAGGUGUUUUUGUUCUCACAUGGACAGUCUGUCUGAAAAGUAAGGAAAAAGGCACUUUCCAUACAGAAUAAAAGUUACAUAGUGUGCACAACAGC